AUGAUGCACGAUGGAAAAGGAAUAAAUGAUGAUGAGGAAAAAGGAUCGGAAAAUUUGGAAAAAAUAAAAUUUAACGAAUUGAAAAAUGAUGAUGAUGAUGAUGAUCGUUUCGAAUGGAAAUCACGGAAGAAGAAAUCGAUAAAUUUGAAAAAGGUUAUUGGUAAAAAACGAGGAGAAGAAGAAAAUGACGUGGAAAAUUCGGAAAACAAUAAUAAAUCGAUAAAUAAGAAAAAAAAUGUCUCCUGUAAAAUUUGUUUGAAAACAUUCGACGAGGGGUCGUUAUUAAAAAAUCAUUUGUUGGAAAACGAAUGUCAACGUUUCCGGUGUGAAAAAUGUGGAAAACAAUUGAAAAGUAAUAAAAAUUUACAAAAACAUAUCAAGACCGAACAUGCGAUGAAUGAUGACGUAAUGACGAACGUGGAAGAAGAAGAAGAAGGAGAAAGAUCGUCAAUCGAACUUUUGGAAAAUUCCGGUGAAAAUCGUACGGAAAAACGAAGAAGAAAAUCCUUUGAAAAAAAAUUUUCCGACAUCGAUCAAUUAAAUUCUCACAUCCAAUCCGAUCAUCAUUUGGGGGGAAAAAAAUGGAAAUGCGAUGGAUGCGGUAAAAAUUUUUCCUGCGAAAAAAGUUUGUGUCGUCAUAAGAAAACAUUUUCCGAGGAACAUUGGUUUCCGUGUGAAUUUUGCAAAAUGAAUUUUCACCGAAUUGAAAAUUUCAUCCGACAUUUAAAAUUAAAACAUUCUAAAGUUACGAUGAAUGCUAUGAAAGCGGGGGAAAUCAUUUUAAGAAUUUUCAUUUACGAAAACGAAAACGAUAAAAAGUCCAAAACGAUUUUCAUAUGCACGAAAUGUUGUAAAAUUUUUUACCAACGUGAAAAUUUACAAAAACAUCACGUCGAAAAUUGUACGGAAAUGGUUAAACCGGAAGAAGAACCGAAAAACGGAAACGAAAGCGGGGAAAAUUUUAACGAUUUCAAAUGUUUUUCAUGCGAUAAAAGUUUUGUGAGUUUGGAAGGUUACGAAUAUCAUAAAAAUAAAAUUCAUUCCAAUGUCGAAUUAAAAAAAAAUAAAAGAAAUAAAAAAGAAAAUGAUGACGACUGUGACGAUUUUAUUUUUCCAAUUGAUAAUAAUAACGAAUUUAUUUGUCAAGUUUGUAAAAAAUCAUUUCCGGUGAAAAAUCUUUUUAACGAACAUUUAAAAGAACACGAAAUUCCGGUGAAAUACGGACUCCAUUCGUGUUCCAUAUGUCCGAGAUCAUUUUCCAGCAGCGAUGGAUUAAAAUAUCAUUUGGCUACCCACACGGGUGAGAAAAGGUACUCGUGUAGAGAAUGCAAGAAAAAAUUCAUAAAAAAAACUCAUUUGUUAGAACACGAAGGUACUCAUUCGAAAAUAAAAUAUUUUAAAUGUUUGAGAUGUCCGAGAACUUUUCACACGGAUUCCGCAUUUCGAAAACACAACAAAAAUUUUCCCGGUCCUCAUUCUUUUCCAUGUGAGAAAUGCGGAAAAUUAUUUACAAAAGAAUCCAUGAUCGAAAAACAUAUUUGCGUGGAUUUGGCGAAUGUGACCGUGGCACCGGAAGUGAAAGAAUUGUUAAAUGGCGGUGAGGUAUCUGUCAAAGAAGAAGAAGAAAACAUGGCGACGACGGAAACGAAUGAUGAAACGUUCGGAAAAACGAUUUCCGCCGAAGAAAAAAAAACUUGUGGUGAUGAUAAUAAUAAUUCUCAUACAUGUUAUAAAUGUUUUAAAAUUUUUCCUAAUUUAAACGAGGUUCAAAUCCAUCAGGAGGAACACAUCGGAAAACAAAAUUAUAAAUGUAGAUUUUGUUCGAAUGUUAAUUUUAAAAGAGCAGACGAUUUUAAUUCUCACAUUCGUUAUCAUUUGGGAAAUUCACCCUACGUGUGUUUAAAAUGUAAUAGAAAAUUUAUUUCACCUUCGACGUUAUCCUCGCACUUGAAAAAAUAUCCCGACGAACAUUGUUUUCCCUGUGGAAAAUGCGAACAAAGUUUCACCACGUUAAAAAAAUUACAAAAUCACGAAUGCAUUUUCACGGAAAAUUCAAAUAAAUUCACUUGCGCUUGUAAAUCUUUAUUCAAAAACUGGAACGAAUUUGCCGAACAUGCUGGAACGAGGAAACCUUACAGGUGUUGUACCUGCGAUCAAGAACACGCGACCCUAAACUCUUUGGCGAAACACGUAAGAAAACACACUGGGAUAAAACAAUAUUCUUGUGAAAAAUGUUCAAAAUCCUUCAGGAUUAAAAAUAAUUAUUUUUUACAUUUAAAAAUACACAAGGAGGAGGAAGAGGAGGAGGAGGAGGAGAGUAAAAAAAUUCAUUGUCAACAUUGCGAUUAUAAAAAUAAAUCACAAAAAAGAAUGAAUUUUCAUUUGUUCAGUACUUUGUGUCCGAUUUGUGGAAUUAUUUUUCCAUUUAAAAAUCGUAUGAAAAAACAUUUGGAAACGGAACAUGGAGAAGAAGAAGUUCCAGACGAAUGGAAAAACGUUAAAAAAAAAUUAUCCCCUGUUUUGUGUAACCUCUGUGGAAAAUUACUCACUAAUAAAUACCUGUUGGCAAAACAUAUGAAAAAGGUUCACAAUCCCGACGUGACGAACGUUGAUGAAUUCAAAUGUGACGAAUGCGGUGAAAUAUUUAAAAGGAAAAAUUCACUUUUAAAACAUAUGGAAAUUCACGAAUCACCUCCACGUUUGAAAAAUUGCAACGAAUGCGGUCAAGAAUUUUAUUUUACAAAAGAUUUAAGGAAACACGUGAGAGAAAAACACGAGACUGAUAAACCAUUUUCUUGUUCAAAAUGUUGGAAAAAUUUUAAAGUUUCCGCAAGUUUAAAAUAUCAUUCAACGAUUUGUGGCGACAAUCACGUGGUAGGAAAUUAUUUAAAGAAAAUACAAAACGAAGAAGAAUUUACAAAUGGCGGUUAUCAAUCACUUCCGGUUACGAAUCAACCCUGUGCCAUGAUAUACUGGAUGUGGAAUCAAUGA